AUUACCUCUUUUGAAUAAAAUGCAGUUGAUGUUGGUCGGUGAGAUCGGUGAGAGAGUCUGCUUCGAUGAGAAACACGUUGCUGCACCAUCAGCUGCUACGGACACCACUUGUCGGCCACCUAAUACGAUAAAAGCCCAUUAAUAGAUGUGUGUGUGUGUGUGUGUGUGUGUGUGUGAUUGAGAGAGUGAGAGACAGAGACGGAGACAGAGAGCGAUCAGAGAGAGAAAUCAAAUAUGAGUAGCAGAGAGAAAAGAUGGUCUCUUGAGGGAUUAACUGCUCUUGUUACCGGUGGAACCAAAGGGAUUGGGUAUGCUAUAGUGGAAGAAUUGGCAGGGCUAGGUGCAACUAUUCAUACUUGUGCUCGGAAUGAAGUUGACCUCAACGACUGCUUGAGUCAAUGGGGGAAGAAGGGUUUCAAGGUCACUGGUUCAGUCUGUGAUGUGGUGUCAAAAACCCAAAGAGAGGAGCUUAUAAACAAAGUCUCAUCAUUGUUUGAUGGAAAACUUAACAUCCUUAUAAACAAUGUGGGAACUAACAUACCAAAACCGACAACGGAGUACACAGCUGAAGAUUACACAUUUCUUAUGAGUACCAAUCUUGAAUCUGCUUAUCACUUGUGCCAACUUGCACAUCCUUUGCUCAAAGCUUCAGGAGCCGGUAACAUUGUUUUUCUGUCUUCUGUUGCUGGUGUGGUUUCACUGGAGAUUGGAACUAUAUAUUCUGCCACCAAAAAGGAGCAAUGAAUCAAUUAGCCAAAAACUUGGCAUGUGAGUGGGCAAAAGAUAACAUAAGGACUAAUAGUGUUGCACCUUGGUUCAUCAAAACUCUCCUCGGUGAUCAU